AUGUCACACAGUCAGGCAAAUUUCAUUACUUCACUCAUUGUCUUGGAUGAAGCACUUCCUUGCUUCUUUGCUCUUGUUGUCCUGAAAGAUGUAAUCAAGGAUGCACUCUGCUGGCGCAAAAGGUCCUUGAGGGGUAUUGGCACAUGUCGACUAGCUGUGUAA